CCCCCUGGCGCUCGCUAGGGUUUUCGGUACCCCUUCCCCCCCGUGACUCCUCGCCAUGGCCUCCGGAGCCCUAGAGGCCGCGGAGCCCAAAGGGGCGGCGGCUCCUCCCCCCGUCGAGGGCAAGGAGGUGGUGGUCGACGGCGCAGAUCGGAAGCAGAGGAUCAACAUCAACGACGUGCUCAACAAACACCUCCUCUAGCGGUCCUCCCCGUCCACGUCCCGCGUCGUCAACGGCAAGGACAAGUCCCCCCACGCGGUCGUCCUUGGCAAGGCCCCCUCCGAUCACCGCGAUUCGGCUCGCUUCAAGGCCAACUCCGAUGAUUUUUGGCCAGUUCUUGUUAUCUGAAGGCUUUAUUGAAAUCCACACUCCGAAACUGAUAGCUGGAUCCAGUGAAGGAGAUUCUGUUGUGUUUAAACUGGACUAUAAAGGGCACCCUGCAUGCCUGGUGUAGUCACCUCAGCUUCAUAAGCAAAUGGCCAUUUGUGGUGACUUUGGGUGUGUUUUUGAGAUUGGCCCUAUUUUUAGGGCAGAAGACUCCUUCACACAUAGGCAUUUGUGUGAAUUUACUGGCCUUGAUGUUGAAAUGGAGAUUAAGAAGCACUAUUGUGAGGUAAUGGACAUUGUGGACAAGUUGUUCGUUACAAUGUUCGACUCAUUGAAUGCGAGUUGCAAGAAAGAACUUGAAGCUAUUGAAAGACAAUACCCCUUUGAACCUUUAAAGUACUUGAGAAAGACCUUGCGGCUUUCUUUUCAAGAAGAUGUUCAAAUGCUCAAGGUGCUGAAAGCACUCCACUUCAUUAUGCUGCCUGUGGUGGAAGUGUGCAGUGUUGUCAGACAAUUUAUGUUUUGUAGAAGAACAGCUUUGAGCAAUUCUGCAUAAGUUAUGCAAAUGAGAGGUUGCAACAACAUUUCAACCGGCAUUUGUUAAAACUGGAGCAGGAAGUGAGCAUCUCACAUCGACCGUGUCUUUAGUUUUGUUCAUUAUUUAUAUGAUGGGGAUUGUCGCUAAAAGCAGGAUAUUCUUUUUUGAUUCAUUUCUGUCAUUAUUUAUUGUGCAAUAUUAGUUAUUGUGCAAGAUUAUUUAUUCUCUCAUUAUGUGUACUAUAAAGAAAAAUAUUUAUGUCAUUCUUGUGGAAAAUGUAGAUGAAUGUAUUUCAUUUUCAUAUUAUUAUAAUAUUUUGAUGUUAUUAAGUGCUUAA